AUACACACAGACACAUUUGCUUAUUGGUAUUUUACCAAUCAAGUGCAACAAAGUGCUGAGAUCGUCCACUUUAAAGAACUGGCUCUAAAAAUCGCUUCGUUCACCACCGACACAUUUGGAGGCUGGUAUAGGAAAACGUGGUACAAUAACUCUUUAAGGUGAAAAUGGACACCAAGACGGACCAGCAGUUGAGGAUUGGCUUCAUUGGUGCAGGAAAUAUGGCUUUUGGUAUUGCAAAAGGUGUAUUAUCAGGAAAGGUUCUUCCUGUAAAUGUCAAAGUAAGCGCACCAUCUUCUAGGAACCUGGGACGCUUUCAGGAGCUGAACAUCAGCACCACUCACUCCAACGCAGAAGUGGUCCUCUCCUCCGACGUCAUCGUUGUGGCCGUCAAACCUCACCUCGUUCCGAUGGUUCUCAGUGAAAUCUCGCAGCACGUAACCGGCAGACAGGUGGUCGUGUCCGUCGCGGCGGGAGUCACUCUGGCCACGUUGGAGGAGCUCCUCCCUGAGGGUUCAGUUGUCAUCCGGCUGAUGCCCAACCUUCCAUGUGUGGUUCUGGAAGGUGCACUCUUAUUUGCACGAGGUGCGUGUGCAACGGCGGAGCACGGCCUCAUGUUGCGCUCCUUGUUGCAAAACUGCGGUUUGGUGGAGGAAGGACCCGAGGCCUGGAUUGACAUCCAUACCGGACUCAGUGGGAGCGGCGUCGCCUUUGUGUACUUGUUUGCAGAGGCGCUGGCAGAAGGAGCAGUGAAAAUGGGCAUGCCCAGCACUUUGGCGCAAAGUAUUGCAUCUCAGACAGUUCUGGGUGCCGGUCGACUGUUACGCGACUCCAAAAAGCAUCCGGCUCAGCUCCGUGCCGAGGUGUGCACACCGGGCGGCACCACAAUCUACGGGCUUCACGCUCUGGAGCGAGGAGGCUUGAGGGCAUGGACCAUGAGCGCGGUGGAGUCGGCCACCGAGAGAGCGAGGGAGCUUGGAAGGACGUCUGCAGCCACUGGAGGCAGGAAAUGACCUUUUAUGUCCGCCUUUUAAGAAACCUAGAUCGGACUCAUCCACAAAGUUGUCCACGCUUCCUUCAUAUCAUAUCUUAAUAAUGUCGACUGCAAUUAAAAUCCACUUUAUUAUUCACUGCAUGCAACAAAA